AUGGAGUACCACGCCGUCCCUCCAGAGGAACGCGCUAGAGAUGAACAGGGCAACCUUCUGCCCUGGGGUUACGUUUACAAAGAUGAAUCACGCAACCCCCGCCGACCACCAGAGGAAUCAGGACCCUUCGGCAAGAGAAGAAACGCACGAUAUGAGCAUGCUCGAUCUCGAACAAGAACAGGCACCCCGGCCAAGCGCGAGAAUCCCAAUGUCGCCGAGUUCGGCCGUUUAUUCGCCCAACAAGCCGAUGAAGAGAAAAUCCACGGCCUCCCAAAGUCAAACUCAUCCUCCAGCCUAGACAACCCACGCAAGCAAACAGAAAAGGUCGCGACCGAAUGCUUCCUGUAUGGGUACAAGGCCAAGGACAGCGAGUGGAAGGUCAUCGACAAGUACGAGCGCAUUUCACAAGGCAUUAUCUGCGAAGAUUAUCCACGCAGCGACCCGAAUUCUACAUCCCAGUAUGCACAGCUACUGAGCGGCGGCGACGUUGUCAUCCGCGCGAAUCUAUCCGCCGAUGCGAACCGGAAGUCUAAGCGCUACGCUGGCGGUUUCCAUUGGAUCAAGAUCACCUUUGACUCUUCCCAGGCUGCCGAUCGCGCCUGCUUCUACUCACCACAGGAGGUCGAUGGCCACCUCGUCUUCUGUGAGCUGUAUCAUGGCCACGGACCCGCCGAGGACUCGGCAAUCCCCGCAGACUCAUCGGCAGACUCAACCCUUCGCUCUCGUGCGCCGCGCACCCUGACCUCCACACAAUCCACCUCCUUCCUGUCUAGCAUGGACCAAGACCGCCACACCUUGCCACGGUCUUUCGCUAUGAAUAACCUCUCCAGUGUCAGGGACGCCCCCGAAGCAGAAGAGGCGGAGUCAUUUGACUCGUCCACUGCAACAUGUACUACUGGCACUGUGACAGGAACCACCAUCACCGCCACUGGUGUCUCCACGGGUCUUGAUCGUUCUUCAUCGCUGACCCAGCGCAAUGUUCCGACUCCCGUGGAGCCGAAGCCCGAAUCCGAAUACAUGACACAUAUUCCUACUGUUCGACGUACGAAGCUACGCCCUCUCGCCGAGGCCCUCCCACCUCAACCCACAGUCACCGAGCGCGUGCUACGAUCUAUUCCCAUCCUGAGCUGGUUCACUGGUGAUAUUGUGGGUGAUGGACCACAGUUCCGGGAAGACGGCGCCUUUGAUUACGAGAAGUCGAACUCCUACUGGCGAUUUUGGUACAUGGUGGACAAGGUUCUUGGCACUGAUAUCUGCGGAUUGAAGGAGGAUUCUUGA